AUGUCGCUUUGUGAAUAUCUUAAAGCUAAGGAAUAUUUUCUGAACGCGCUUUUUAUCAAGAAAGAAACGGGUGACAGAAAAGGAGAAGGCAUGGUGUAUGGAAAUUUUGCAUCCGUUUUCCAAUCUCUUGGUGAAUACGCGAAGGCUGAAGGAUAUCUUCAGAAUGCAUUACAGAUUAUGGAAGAAAUGUGCGACAAAAAUGGAGAAGCAUCGUGUUAUGGAAACCUGGCAACUGUGUUUCACUCCAUCGGCGAAUAUGCCAAGGCUGAAGAUUAUUCCCAGAAAGCUCUUGCGAUCUGCAAAGAUAUGGGUAACGAAAAAGGAGAAGCGACAAACUAUGGUAACUUGGGAGCCGUGUUUCAAUCUCUUGGAGAGUUUGCCAAAGCCAUAAAAUACCACGAAAAAGCUCUUGCGUUAAGAAAGAAAAUUGGCGACAAAAAAGGAGAAGCAGAUGAUUACGGAAAUCUGGGAACGCUUUUCUACUCUACGGGCGACUAUGCUAAGGCACAGGGAUAUUACGAGCUCGCCCUUUCGAUCAGAAAAGAAAUCAGCGAUAAAGGAGGGGAAGCAACCGAUCAAGGAAACCUGGGAAAUGUGUUUCGAGAUUUGGGGGAAUAUAGCAAGGCCUGCGAAUAUCACAAUAAGGCUCUUUCAAUUUGCAAAGAGAUUAGGGACAUCAGAGGACAGUGCGAAUGGCACUUUUACCUAGCAUUAGACAUUCUGGCUAAAGGAGACACACAAGAAGCCUUUUCUAAUCUCUAUGCUAGUAUCCAUGAAAACGAAAAUCUUCUGGGAUUUCUUGGUAACAGUGACCAGUUCAAGAUAGCCUUUCUUGAAGAGCACGCUCUUUCCUAUCAACUACUCAGUAAACUGUUUUGCGAUGCUGGGAAAACUUCUGAUGCUCUCCACGUUGUGGAGCUUGGGCGAGCCAGAGCGCUGAGGGACUUGAUGUCAGCUCAGUACUCUGUGGAGAAGGAAAUACCAGUCAGUCCACAGACACGUGUUGGUAUUGAAAAGGUCAUGGAAAGAGAAAGCUCCGUUUGUUUAUACCUUUCAUACUUUGGACAAUUUCUUUUUCUGUGGGUUCUUAAGGCAUACAAACCCAUUGUCUUCCGAAGAAUAGAUGUGAACGACUGCCUUCUCGACAAAGCAAUGGAACGAAGUGUUGACGAAGUACUUACCAGUAAAACCUUAAUCAGAAAGUUUAAGGUAUCGGAUCAGCAAACUUGUGAAGACCGAUCAUGGUUACCAGCCUCAAAUGUUAGCCGCUGGACAAGCGAAUCAUGCCCAGAAGAGGACCCGACAGACAAAAUCCAAGAUCUGGAAGUGAGUCUUGAGCUUUACUACAGAAUGCUGGUUACUCCUGUGGUUAAAUUCCUCAACGAACCCGAAAUUCUCAUUGUUCCUGAUCGUUCCCUCUAUGAAAUUCCGUUUGCAGCAUUAAAGGAUGAAAAUGGAGAAUACUUGUCCGAGAGAUUCAGAAUCCGCAUCGUACCUUCGUUGAUGACUCUUAAACUCAUUCAAGACAGUCCAGUAGAGUAUCACAGUAAGUCUGGGGCACUGAUCGUGGGGGAUCCUGAUGUCGGUCCCGUAUUGUACAAGGGAGCUGUUUGUAACCCGAUCAGAUUACCUAGCGCAGCAGAGGAAGCACAUUUGAUUGGACAACUGCUCGGAGCUGAGCCUUUGUUAGGACAACAAGCAACAAAACAGGCGGUAGUUCAAAGGAUAAAUUCAGUAGGCCUGGUUCAUUUCGCUGCCCAUGGCAAUGCUGAAAGAGGAGAAAUUGUUUUGGCUCCUCCGCGCCCCACCACAGGGACUCCGCAGGAAGAAGACUAUUUGUUAACAAUGACGGAUAUUUCACAAAUUCGACUUCGAGCCAAACUGGUAGUCCUUAGCUGUUGUCACAGCGCACGUGGAAAGAUAAAAGCUGAGGGAGUGGUUGGAAUUGCUCGAGCUUUUUUAGGGUCCGGUGCCCGCUCAGUGUUGGUAACCCUCUGGGCCAUAGACGACGAAGAGACAUUGCAGUUCAUGAGUCGUUUCUACGAGCACCUUGUUCGUGGGGAAAGUGCCAGUGAAUCUCUCCACAAGGCUAUGAAGUGGAUGAGAGAAAAUAACUUCCCUAAUGUGCGGCAAUGGGCACCUUUUACGCUGAUUGGUGAUGAUGUAACUUUAGAUUUUGAACAGUAAAGGUUAGUGUUAGUGUGUGUUUCUAUGUACCUGUUUUCAUAAAACAAACGAUUUUUCUUUUGGAAAAAUAAAAAAAUAUGUAUGUGUCUGGGAUUGAUAACAAAAAAAAUUAAAAGCACAUUUUGUAGGUCUGUAAAAAAAUGAAACAAAGAGAGGAAGUAGAUUCAGUAAUGCGGAACGAUUCUGAACAUCUUAGAGUAUAUGACCGUUUUCCUGAAAAACACGAACGUUUUCCUUAAAAAUCGCAAAAGGGCGAGGGAAAUCAGAAGCGUGUUGACUAGUCGUGGGUACGUCAUGACUUUACUUUAGGAUAAAUUCGCGGUUACCUAGCAAAUUCGACGUGUUUUCUGUUUCAUUUUUCCUUGAGAUUAGGCCAUCCGUCAUCUACUUGCAAAAAAAGUAUGGUUUCCUAAAACUUAAAUACAUUUGAGAGAAUUUUUUAGUCUAAUUAUAGUUGAACAAAGCUGAAAAGGAAUUUUAAUGCAUAGAUAUCCUCUCCUGCAUGAAAACGGAUAAUUAAAUGGAAAUCUCCUUAUUUCACUUCUUCCGUUAUUUUCUCACAACUGACCGAAAUUUUCAUAGGGAAAUUUCGUCGCGAUUAAAUGAGUUUUCUCCAAAGCUCUUACAUACGCUUUUCCGUGAAACAUUCCCCGCGAUAUUGGUGUUAGUGAUUCCAGAAUACAACCAAUAGAAUGCAGUCGUGAGUGGUGGUUAUUUAUCUUCUUCAGUUUCGUUGGUCAUGGCAAAUUUUCACGUAAAACCCAAACCAAAUUUAACUUAUAAUUUCUUGAUAUUCCUGUUGUAUUAGCUUUCAAUUUUUUCCCUUUAUUACCUAGAAACCAAAAACAAAAUUCUUUCUGACCGCUCAGUUAACGAUAAAAACACAACGUGAAUCUAUUACUAAUUGUGUUUGUAAAUUCUUGUUUUAGCUGGAAAACGUCCAUUACGAAAAUUGAUGGCCAGCAAGUAUGCAAAUGUAUGGAAACUAAAGUAAGCGUUUACCUUAGAAAAGACUUUAACCCACAAUGGAACAACUACAUUGCCGCCGUUUCAUUGUUUUGGGAGGGUCUGAAUGGGGUUUAGUGUUUGGUGUUAGUUGCCCAUGAGUUUGCUGUUAAAUUGGCCAAUUUUUUAAUGAUUGCUGUUUCUGGGGAAACAACUGUUAGUGUUUGCAGGGUUUUUCGUGAAAAAUACAUAAAUAAAUAAAUAAAUAAAUAAAUAGAACAUUGGUAAUUCUUACGUGCUCUUGGAAAAUUAUCAGAUUUCUCCUCGUAAAUGUUUUGUUGUCUUUGGACAUCUUCGACAGCCUUCCGACACCUUCGGUAGUCUUCGGACAAAUAGCCGAAAACUCCUUGAAAUACUAGACAAAAUAGUAUUGGUUUUUCUGGAGCCGUUUUGUUUCUCUCUGAAAAAAAAAAACUAUUGUUACAGUGAAUUUUUUACUGUUGGUGUUAAAAUGCCUAAAAUUUAACUUUUUUAUGUUACAGAGCCAGAAAAUUAAUAAUAAGUGUUUAGUGUUAUCGAGGUACCCCCCAUUCAGACUCUUAAUUUUCUGGAACAGCAUUACGUCUGUUAUUCUGUCAGGAUUAGCCAAAAUUUGAUAAACGAGGUACCAGUGGAACGAUCUGUCCCCGCUGAUGUUGCAAAUUACCAUCUUAAUAAUAGCUUCAAAGAAAAGCUUAAUUGGUCCAGAAAGAAUAAUAUGCGGUUUGAUUUGACAGACUUAAAAACUUUAACGCACCUGACCGUAUUUAGUAAAAAAAAAAACCCCGCUGAGGAACUACCUAGACUAAAUAUUACAUUUGAAAGCAUGAACGAUUUAUUUUUGUUACUUUUUGUUACAAUGUUGUAUUAGCAUUUUUGGCAUAAGAGGGACCGGAAUACCAAGGAAACCAGAAAUAGCUUUUUCCAAGUUGUCCCCCUUUAAUUUUUUCAAAUAAUUUAAAGCAAGGAAGUACAUGUUAGUUUGUUAGCAAAAGUCAAUCCAAACUAACAGUAAUGGGAAAAGACUUACAGUCAUAAUGUGUGUCUAAUGGCCUAGCAGGCAUUUCUUGUAUAAAGUGCUAAUUUAUAUUCUCUCCGCUGUACUGGUGAUACAAGUAAUUAACAAUUAUUCCUUGAGCCCGAAUGGGCUGUGAGUCAAUAGCCCAUGAGGCCGAAGGCCGAAUGGGCUAUUGACUCAGAGGCCAUGAGGGCGAGAGGAGUAAUUGUUUAGUAAAAUCCAACUAGUUGGUCAAAAAUAUCGGAAUUAAAAAAAAUUAGCUAGUUAAAGCUAGACUUUAAUCCUUUUUUGCCGUCCAAAAGCCCGCGCUUUUCGCUACUAGGGGGCUAUAACAUAUAGCCUAGUAGUAGCUCACCCAAUCAGAACGCAGCAUUGAUAAUAGACCACUAGUUGGAUUUUACUAAACCUCUUUAGCCUGUAGGUUUUGUUUUCCCAAUAGCUCACUUCGGAAAAAGCCUUCGACCCAAACUAGGCGCGCGCGCAUUUAUGGGAUUAUUUGGGGGGACGGGAAUGUAAACAAACAUGGCGGAAAGCGCGGAAAGCGAAGUGGAAUGUUUCAGCGGGUUAAAACAGCUCAAAAUAGCAAACGGAAGGCGGAAUUGAAAGAAAAAAAAUAUGAAAAUGUGUCCCCCCAAACAACCCCAUAAAUGAACGAGCGCUUAGUUUGGGUCCCAGGCUAUCACUGUUUUCCAAAGUGAGCUAUAGGGGUCCCAGGAGAACUUGGCCCUUUAUCUUUUCAUAAAUUAUGCUUAAAUAUGCACGCCAAUAAGACGAAAUUGAAAGAAACAGUUCUCUAGAGUAUUCUUACCUG